CAGGGCGGCGCCGGGGGCUGGUAGGUUGCCUCCCUUCCCGGGCUCGGAGCGGCCAGAGCUCCCCAGCAGCCCGAGUUCACGAUGACCUGCUGAGAAGCGGCGUCGGAGGCUGCAGGAGGCAGCCUCGCUGCGGGAGGUGCGGUUCGCGGCCUCCUCCCUUGUCGUGCGGAGCCCCGGCCCCCAACCCAUCCCCGCGCCCCCUCCCCGCAGCCGGUCGAGAUGGCGGAUCCAGCCGAAUGCAGCAUCAAAGUGAUGUGCCGGUUUCGGCCCCUCAACGAGGCGGAGAUCCUCCGUGGGGACAAAUUCAUCCCCAAAUUUAAAGGCGAUGAAACCGUGGUGAUUGGGCAAGGGAAGCCAUACGUCUUCGACAGAGUGCUACCUCCCAACACGACCCAAGAGCAGGUUUACAAUGCGUGUGCGAAGCAAAUUGUCAAAGAUGUCCUUGAGGGUUACAAUGGGACAAUUUUUGCAUAUGGACAGACUUCAUCAGGAAAAACCCACACCAUGGAGGGAAAGCUGCAUGACCCUCAACUUAUGGGAAUCAUCCCAAGGAUCGCACACGACAUCUUUGAUCAUAUCUAUUCCAUGGAUGAAAACCUGGAAUUUCACAUCAAGGUUUCCUAUUUUGAGAUCUACUUGGACAAAAUAAGGGACUUACUCGAUGUGUCCAAGACAAACUUGGCUGUUCAUGAAGAUAAAAACAGAGUCCCAUAUGUAAAGGGGUGCACUGAGCGGUUUGUGUCAAGCCCUGAAGAGGUCAUGGAUGUUAUAGAUGAAGGAAAAGCUAACCGACACGUGGCCGUAACAAACAUGAAUGAACACAGCUCUAGAAGUCACAGUAUCUUCCUGAUAAAUAUUAAACAAGAGAAUGUAGAGACUGAAAAAAAACUCAGCGGGAAGCUUUAUCUGGUUGAUUUGGCUGGAAGCGAAAAGGUCAGCAAAACUGGUGCCGAGGGAGCCGUUCUCGAUGAAGCUAAAAAUAUCAAUAAGUCUUUGUCUGCUCUUGGAAACGUGAUCUCUGCCUUGGCAGAAGGGACAAAAACACACGUGCCGUACCGAGACAGUAAGAUGACUCGAAUUCUUCAGGACUCGCUUGGCGGGAACUGUCGAACCACCAUUGUCAUUUGCUGUUCUCCCUCUGUCUUCAAUGAGGCUGAGACCAAGUCCACGCUUAUGUUUGGACAAAGAGCAAAGACCAUCAAGAAUACAGUCUCUGUGAACUUGGAACUGACGGCAGAGGAAUGGAAGAAGAAAUAUGAAAAAGAGAAAGAAAAAAACAAGACUUUGAAAAAUGUUAUCCAGCACCUGGAGAUGGAGCUAAACAGAUGGAGAAAUGGAGAAGCUGUGCCUGAGGAUGAACAGAUAAGCGCUAAGGACCAGAAGAACCUGGAGCCCUGUGAUAACACUCCCAUCAUAGACAAUAUUGCUCCUGUUGUUGCUGGUAUCUCCACAGAGGAGAAGGAGAAGUACGAUGAGGAAAUCUCCAGCCUAUACAGACAACUGGACGAUAAGGAUGAUGAAAUUAACCAGCAGAGCCAGCUGGCUGAAAAGCUAAAGCAACAGAUGUUGGAUCAGGAUGAGCUUUUGGCUUCCACAAGAAGAGACUAUGAGAAAAUCCAGGAGGAGCUGACGCGUCUCCAGAUUGAAAAUGAGGCAGCCAAAGACGAGGUGAAAGAAGUCCUCCAGGCCUUGGAGGAGCUGGCUGUAAAUUAUGACCAGAAGUCACAGGAAGUGGAGGACAAGACCAGGGCCAAUGAGCAGCUGACGGAUGAGCUGGCCCAGAAAACGACGACAUUGACAACCACCCAGAGAGAGCUGAGCCAGCUACAAGAGCUUAGCAACCAUCAGAAAAAGAGGGCUACUGAGAUCCUGAAUUUGCUACUGAAGGAUCUGGGGGAGAUAGGAGGAAUUAUUGGCACCAAUGAUGUGAAGACCUUGGCAGAUGUGAAUGGAGUCAUUGAAGAGGAGUUCACCAUGGCCCGCCUGUACAUCAGUAAGAUGAAGUCGGAGGUCAAGUCCCUGGUGAACCGCAGCAAACAGCUUGAGAGUGCCCAGAUGGACUCCAACCGGAAGAUGAAUGCCAGCGAGCGGGAGCUGGCAGCCUGCCAGCUGCUUAUCUCCCAGCAUGAAGCCAAGAUCAAAUCUCUGACAGACUACAUGCAAAACAUGGAACAGAAGAGGAGGCAGCUGGAAGAGUCUCAGGACUCACUCAGCGAAGAGCUGGCUAAGCUCCGAGCCCAAGAAAAAAUGCACGAAGUCAGCUUCCAGGAUAAGGAAAAGGAACACCUGACGCGGCUGCAGGAUGCUGAGGAAAUGAAGAAGGCACUGGAGCAGCAGAUGGAGAGCCACCGGGAAGCUCACCAGAAGCAGCUGUCCAGACUUCGAGACGAAAUAGAGGAGAAGCAAAAAAUCAUUGAUGAGAUUCGGGAUUUGAAUCAGAAGCUGCAACUGGAACAGGAGAAGCUGAGUUCCGAUUAUAACAAGCUGAAAAUAGAGGACCAGGAGAGAGAGAUGAAACUGGAAAAGCUCUUAUUGCUCAAUGAUAAGAGGGAACAAGCCCGAGAGGAUCUCAAAGGGCUGGAGGAGACAGUGUCUAGAGAACUGCAGACGCUUCAUAACCUUCGCAAACUCUUUGUCCAGGAUCUGACCACCCGAGUUAAAAAAAGUGUGGAGCUGGACAGUGAUGAUGGAGGAGGCAGUGCUGCCCAGAAGCAGAAAAUUUCCUUCCUGGAGAAUAACCUGGAGCAGCUCACAAAAGUUCACAAACAGCUGGUCCGGGACAACGCAGAUCUGCGGUGUGAACUGCCCAAGCUGGAAAAGAGGCUGCGUGCUACGGCGGAGCGUGUCAAGGCCCUGGAGAGUGCGCUGAAGGAAGCCAAGGAGAACGCCAUGCGGGACCGAAAACGCUAUCAGCAGGAGGUGGACCGCAUCAAGGAGGCCGUGCGAGCCAAAAACAUGGCCAGGAGGGCCCAUUCGGCCCAGAUCGCCAAGCCCAUCCGCCCAGGACACUACCCAGCAUCAUCUCCAACGGCCGUCCAUACCAUCCGAGGGGGCGGAGGCGGCUCUUCAAAUGCCACUCACUACCAGAAAUAAACAUGAAGUGUGACUCCACGUAGCAUGUCAAGGACUACAUUAACCACCAACCCCUUCAUUAUUUUUUUCCCCUCCUACACAGUUGCCAUUUUCUGUCCCACUCGCUUACUCCAGCCAUCUGCAGUACGCCAGUUUCAGGUAUCUUAACUGUGUGGAAUUGCUGUGUGUACAGAUGUGUGCUUAGACUUUUCUCUUCCUGAGAAAUUGGAAGGAGAUGAUUACAGAGCAUCCACUCACCACUCAGAACCAUUGCCCCUGACUCGGCCUCCAGGCCAUCGGGUGGUCUCUGGGCGGCUCCCAGAUGGAACGCCCUUACGUGCCAUUCCCUGGAGGGGACCCUGCAACAACCAAGUGCUGCGGAGGCGAGCGAUCCGGCUCAGCCACAACUGUCUGGCUUCCUGUAAAAUAAACACAUUGCUUUAUAUUUUUAGGGAAGCAAAAAGUGCUGUUAUAGGCUUCACAAUUUUCAUUCUGAACGCUUUUCCGAAACAAAUUGCCCCAAAGAAGCAUUUUCAAUAUCCUGGUCACAUCUUUGGAUUCUGUAAAAUAUACCUCUGCAAAGCAAAUUUCUUCACGGCAGAAAAACAAGCUGACAGUAGAAAUGUCUAAUUUGUUCAUUCACACACAUCUAUGUAAAUGCAAAAAGUCAUAAAAUUCACCCCUGAGCUGUUUGCUGUUGAACCUGCAGCGGCUGGUCCCCUAAUUUCACAGCCAACCCAGUUUGAACACCAUUUCUUCAGAAGUGUUGCAAAUGCUGUGAAGUUGGAUGAGUAAAAAUGGGGUUGCUUCUUUCCUCAAUUCAUCCUCCCUGAUCCUUCUAGAGCUUGCAUUGGGAUGGUCUCUUUCCCUAGGGAACUAUCUUGUACCUUGAAGGGGGUGUUGCUGAAGAAAUCCAGAAUCAUUCCAGCAAUUAAAAAAGGAAGCCCUGGGGGAGGAAGUAAUUGACAAAUUUUUGUGCCUGACUAUGACUAAGUUGUUAUGAAUUUAUUUUAGCCCAUCAUUGCAUACUGUUCAUUUGAAUUCUCUCUUUGGCACCAGUAGAUGGGUUUCAUCAUCUGAGGUGGAAUUAGAAGAAACUGGUAUGAAUGAAUUCUUUACAUGUAGGAAUUUGUUUAUUCAAAUACAUGAAUCUAAAGCCAAAUUAACACUUACUUCCAGGUGUGCAUUAUUAAGAUGAAUGGUUUCCAUGUAGUAAAGUUUUCAGGGAAACCGAUAGGGAUUCGAGUAAGUUGGUCUGUGUGCUGCUGCUGCUUUUGAUAAAUUUGCGAGUAAGUCGGUGACUGCCAGGCCAAUCUUGGUGAUAGCGUUCAUCCUUCUUUGUGCCCACCCAAGAUGAGUGAGCUGGCAUAGUCCCUUGUAGCUGUUACCACUGGAAUGGAGUGUAUACCAGGGGAGAUGCUGGGCUUUCCCAUGGCCAUGUGGCCACAGGGUUGAAGAUCGUUCAGGAGUGUGUGUGUGUACAAACAGCUAAAAAGUGCGAACUCACUUCCAAACUCUUAUAUAAAAAUUGCCUAACUACUUUGACUUAAUUUGCUAAAUGUUCCUCUAUGUUUUUGUGGGGACUCAGGAGAGAGGGGGUUGCUAUGAGUCGGAAUUGACUCAAGGGCAAUGGCUUCUUUUUUUUUUUUUUUUAGGAGAGAGAAAAGAACAUGAAUUCUAUUGGAGUAUUUAGUAAAGGUGGACAAUUUUGCUUUUUUUUUUAUUCUUCGGCAUGGUUUUCAUAUGUUGUUGCCAUUACCUACCUCCAUGCCCCCCUCCCACCACUGCCCCAAUAUAAUUGCCCAAUCUCUAUUUGCAGUCUGAUAGAAGGGUCACUGUAGGGCAGGUUUUGCAAACCUUAUCAGUUAGCAACAUAUGCCACAGACGAUAAACUUGCUGUUAAUAUGUUUGUCUCAGAUUUUGAAGCUAAAACAUUAGUCUUGGAGAGGAUUGCCAAUUAAUAAUUGUCAUACUGUUAUGUUAUUGCUCUGUGUUUGGAAAUUGAACAAAGGUCGGUAAUUUUUUGGCUCUGGUUAAUAAUCCUCAUAGAUUAUUUUAGAUUCCUUCCAAAGCAAUUUUUCCCGUGGUAUCCCUUUUCUACUUCUAAAGACCUGUGUGGCCCUUUCAUGUUGGGGGAAAAAAAAAAAAUUCACUUGUAGUUCCACAGAACUUGACCUCUACAAGAGACUCACAAAAUUCGCUUCACUUUUGUUCACAGGAAAGUUGGCUUUGAUGUCUCUUAAAGAUAAUUCUGCUAGUUGCUGAUCAGCCAGUCAGUUCACCUAGCUUCAAUCUUUAUAGGACCUCUAAACUAAUUUUCCUACACUGUGACAAAAAAGUACACAGAUAUUGGAAUGGAUUAUACAGUGUGUUCAGAGAUCCCUAAAUAUCACUUUGUAUAAUAAGCCCAUUACUACAUCAGCACUGUAUACUCUGCAGGGCACUUUAUUUUUAAAGCCACAUUUAUAUAACUUGUAUUUUUUCAGACUAUUGCUCCCUUACAUUUAUACUCAAUAUAAAAACUAUACUUCUGAACAGCCGAGCCUCUGAUUAUAGUUUUGGUUGUAUGCUGCUUUUUUCCUGGUGUGAGUGUGCGUCUUUGUCUCCUCUGAGUAAUUUUAUAUUUCAUGCUGCAUCUUGGAAGUUUACUCUUUGAUGUUAUAAGUGAAUAGCCAGAUGGUUUAUACAAAUAAGUUCCACCUGCGGGAUGGCGGGAUGCUAAACUAGAGGAAUGUUGUUUGAGAUAUCAAGAUUUAUGGUUGAGAACUAAAAUAUGUUGAUGCCAAAUGUGUUUUGGUCAAUGCCUAAAGAAUACUGUAAAAAUGUGUCAUUUCUUCAACUGCUGUAUAGUUUGCUUUUGUUGAAUGGACGACUCAUAGGCAGAUCAAUUAAGAGUGUGGUUAAGAUUUUAAAGGUAAUAGUAUAUGAUUGAGAAAGUUAGAAUGAAUAGAAGUAUUGGGAUAAAGAAAAUAAAAACUUUAUCAUCUAGAAUGUACUGUCUAGUGACUUUUUAUAGUCCUGAAGGUCACAUGAGAAAGUGAUAUUUCUGUCCAAGGCAAGAUCCAGCAUCACCAGUGGGCAGAGAGUGAUCGCCCCCUCUCCUGUAGGAAUAACUGAAAGCAAAUAAAAGCUCCUAACAGUCCCUUCUUCAAAACGCAAGUUUUAGCAGGAAGAAGACAUUUGGACUACAGCUAUAUAGCAGAUUGGGAAAAGUUUUCAUUGGCAGGUUACAAGGGAGGAGUUCUCUUCCUUGUCUCACCUUGAGUACCUUGAGCAAGCUAAAGGAAACAUCAUAGUCUCAAAUUGCUUUAGUUAACAGUAAUUUGGGGAAAUUUUUUUUUUUUAAGUAUUGAAUAAGGACCAGGUAAUCGCAGAAGGAAGCAAUGCUCCAUGAAAUCUGCUUACUCAUUUAAAAACUGUAUAUCAAUUUUAAGUACUUUUCAUCAUGUGCAGAUAUAAGGCGAAGAGGGCAUUCUGUAGAAUUAUCCAUGUCUAGUGUGUAAAAUGUGUAGUGUGUACUGCAGAUGUGUGUUUUCUGGACUUUAUGUAUCUGUACAGUAAGCUUUCAUUAAAAAAAAAAUUGUGGACAAAUUUGUUUUGGUGGUUUAAGGGGGAAGAAUGGUAGUUUAUAUCCAGUAAUGAUGCUGUAAUAUAGUAAGUGUAACAAAAAUAUCUGGAAGUAAACCUCCCUUGGCUUGUGGAAAUUUUUGGUUAUCUUCUAGGUUCUAAAAUGAAGAUGUAUGGAUACAUUGGCAGACUGCAUGUUGUAUAAUUUGAAAAAAUACUAAAAGUGGAAAAUAAAAUUGAAUUAAACUUUG